CAGGCAACAACACUGUACGCAGUCUUGAAACAACACCAGUCAAGAGACUUGAAUUGGGAGCGAGAUAGUUUGCUCCAAAAAAGCACAAAAGAGAGACUUGAGAGACUGGGAUUGACCGGGUUGGACAGAACCACGUUAGCGACGACAUUGACGACGGGAACAGCUACCCCAGCGGGAUCAAUAGGUGACCAGAACCACCACUACCACCAGGACCCAACGAUCGAGUAUCGUAGCAAUGGCAAGCUCAGUCCAACAACUGGGCAAAAUUCAGUGACAACAGCAUCACCCAUGACCCAGCAAAAGCAACCGACACUAUCAUCGCAAUCUUCUCAGCAAGCUUGCUCCGGUACGACACCAAGCUCACAGCAGACGAGUCCGCGCCAAAGCCCUCAGGCGUUGCACCGUGCUUCGUCUCCCAAUCCCCAUCAGGGACAACUGCCUGGUGGUGGUCCACCUGGUGGUCCACCAACACAUAAUUCUACUCAGAUGAUGCUCAGUCCGGCCAGUGGCCUACAUCAUCAAAUGCAGCAACUACUUCAGCAACACAUUCUAACGCCCACCCAGCUACAGUCCUUUGUGCAGCAGCAUACUCUUUAUUUGCAACAACAGCAACAGCAGCAUCAUCAGGAAUCGUCUUCCGAACAUGUCGCUAAUCAAGAAAGAUUUGGUUAUUUUUCAUCCAUAAAAAACCACCAGCAUCAACUCGCGGAGUUGGGGAGAAAGCAGCUGGAGCAGAACAUGCAGCAAUUGCAGGAACAAUUGCAGCUUAAUCUGAUCCAGCAGACGCAUCUCCUGCAGACCGCGGACAAGAAGAAGAAUUCAGUGCCAUUACAGCAGCUCGGGGUCCAACAGCACCAAAUUAUCCAGCAGCUGCAGAUGACCCAGAGACAAUAUCUGUUCCAGCAGGGACUUAGUCUACAGAGUCAUAAUCAUUCCUCUGGCAAUUUAUCCAAUGAUAAUGUGCCCGCUUGGAAAUCUGAGCCCAACGAAAGCAAUGAGGCUCAUCAAAAUUCCCUUGUUCCCAAAUCAGGAGCUAGUCUAAAUGGACUCAUAAACUCGAUAGCAAAUCGACGCUCGGAACUAAACGGAACAACCCUGGUGGACGAAAAGCCACUGGAUGUUUCAUGUCAUGACAAAGCUCACCCCCUCUACGGUCAUGGAGUAUGCAAAUGGCCAAGCUGUGAAGUUAUUUGCGAUGACUAUCAAGCAUUCCUCAAACAUAUGAACACCGAGCACACGUUAGACGACAGAUCGACAGCUCAAGCACGAGUUCAAAUGCAAGUUGUGUCUCAAUUAGAGAUCCAGCUGCAGAAAGAACGCGAUAUACUGGGAGCCAUGAUGCAUCACCUUCAUGUAGCCAAGCAAAUGUCUUCUCCGGAACCCCCGAAGUCGUCUGAAUCCUCGACGGGUUCAAGUUUAUCAAAAUUAAAUUUAUCAACUGGUUUAAUGAAUCAGCCACCGCCAAAUUUUGGUGUUUCGCAAGUAUCCCCGGCAUCAAUGUCAGCACUAGUCUCAGCAGUGAGAUCACCGGGAGGCGGACCGAUGGCGCCAUCUGCCGGGAGCACGCCAAUGCCGCCGAUACCCAACAUGUCGAGCAUAGCGGGAAUCCCGUUGCCAAACAUGCCCGGAAGCUUACCAACAAUACCAGGCGGAUUAUCAGGCAUGGCGGCGCCUAUAAGGAGGCGAAUCAGCGAUAAAUCUGCGCUAUCUCUCGCGGGAGGGCUGCCCUACAUGCUCGAGCGGGCUGGCCUUGACGUCCAACAAGAAAUUCAACGGAAUAGAGAGUUCUACAAAAAUGCAGACGUAAGACCACCCUUCACGUACGCAUCACUGAUACGCCAGUCGAUAAUUGAAUCACCCGAGAAGCAAUUAACCCUCAACGAGAUCUACAACUGGUUUCAAAAUACAUUCUGUUACUUCCGACGAAAUGCCGCCACCUGGAAGAACGCAGUGCGACACAACCUGUCUCUCCACAAAUGUUUCAUGCGAGUCGAAAACGUGAAAGGGGCCGUAUGGACUGUCGACGAAGUGGAGUUUUACAAGAGACGUCCUCAACGCGCUUGCAGCACGACUGGAACGCCAUCCGCACCAAUCUAUCAUUGCACAAGUGUUUUGUGCGCUAUGAGGACGACUUUGGGUCAUUCUGGAUGGUGGACGACGCCGAGUUCGUAAAGCGGCGGCAUCUGUCCCGCGGCCGUCCCAGGAAAUAUGACCCAACCCCAUCACCCACUCCACCCCACCUCUCCGCACAGGGUGUACCAUCUAAAAGUCCCACGCUAACGCAUAGUCCGACAAUGUACGGUGACGCUCUCAAUGCCAAUCUCCAGGCUGCGCUGGGCGAGUCGAAUAUGGGAUUUCUAAACAACUCGAUGUGUACAUCAACAGCGACAAGUCCGGACAAGGAGCACGUGAUGCCACACAACGAUCUAAUGUCAUCGCUUGACGAGUCGGGGAUGCACAUAAAGCAAGAGGGCCAGAGUCCCGAGGGCAGUAAGCUGUCAAGAUUAAUAAAGCGGGAGCUGCUCGACGGACCUAACGAUCACGAGCACGAUCAUGACGACGAGGGUGUCGACGAUCGCGAGUAUCCCGAAAGCCACGGACACGACUCAGGGCAAGACGAAGAUAUGGCCGAGGACCUGUCGAUGGCGCCCGACAUUAUGACUUCCGAUGAUCAAAUUGAAGCGUAG